GGGACGGGGAUAACGGGAUGUCAUGCAAGGCAAGGAAGGCCUUUGCCGGAGCUGCAUGACCAGGGGGGGUCCGCGGCCGGGACGUUCCCCCGCAGCCGUUGGGAGACUGGGGUCUGGCCACGCGACAGGCAGGGAGGGCCACAGCUCUUGGCCGCCGCGGCAGAGGAGCAGGACGAAGAUGCAUACCGACGACGAUGGGCGGCCGGGACUUUUGACCGUCGCAGAGGUUGCACCGUGAGACGAGCGGGUCGACCCGGGUGCGGACCGGUUGGCUCGUUUGUCUCUGCUCUGACCGGGGGACCAAGAUAAGGCGAUUCUUUUCCAGGCGGUCCCUUGGUGGUGGGUGAAGG